GAUAAAUUUUCUGGCUCUUUAACAUCUUUAAAAAAUUGUCGGAAUUUGGAAGCACUUUAUCUUACCGGUCAAACGGAAAUUGAUAAAAGUGAUAAGGAAAAAGUAGCAGCCGAAAGUCUAAAAUCUUUACCAAUUGCCAAAUUAACUGUUUUUGAGUGUGAAGGCACCGAGUUUCACCAAAUAAUAAAAAGUUUUGAUUUUGGUGAAGUUUUUCAAGAAUUAAUUAAAGCCAAAAAAAGUGACAAACAGAAAAACAACGAGAUUGUUAAAUUAAGAAAUGAACUUGAAGAGUUCUAUACUGAACGUAUUUCUAAAAACGAAGAAAUCAAAAAAGUGAUCUCAGAACAAAUGUCUUUAAUUGAAAAAAGAGACAUUGAAAUUGCUACUCUUAAAGAUGUUUUUAAAAACACCAAGCCAGCCCAAAAUUCAAAAUUGUUAAUAUUUUUGGCCGUAAUCAAUUGGUUAAUUGCCUUAAUUCUGGCUGUUAACGCUGUCUGA